GAGCAUACGGGUUCAAACGGCCAGAGGGGCCCGCCCCGCUCCCGGCCCCGCGGGGUCCUCCAGGCUCCCGGCGUGCAUCGCGGCGAUCCCGGUGUGCAUUGCGGCGCGCGGAGCCGGCUCCAGGGCGUUAGGCGCGGCGCCGGGAGCCGCUGCUUCCCGGCCUGGAGCUCGGCAUGUGCUGGUGACCCCAGAGGAGGCGGAGGCGAUAUGGAAGUGAAGGAUGCCAAUGCUGCGCUGCUCAGUAACUAUGAGGUGUUCCAGUUACUAACUGAUUUGAAAGAGCAGCGUAAAGAAAGUGGAAAGAAUAAACACAGUUCUGGGCAACAGAACUUGAAUACUAUCACAUAUGAAACAUUAAAAUACAUAUCAAAAACACCAUGCAGGCACCAGAGUCCUGAGAUUGUGAGAGAAUUUCUGACAGCAAUGAAAAGCCACAAGUUGACCAAAGCUGAAAAGCUUCAGCUGCUGAAUCACAGGCCUGUGACUGCUGUUGAGAUCCAGCUGAUGGUGGAGGAGAGCGAGGAACGGCUGACCGAGGAGCAGAUCGAAGCUCUGCUGCGCACCGUCACAAGCAUCCUCCCCCCGGGGCCAGAGGCCGGGCAGCAGCAGAGUGCCAGCGGCGACGUGGCGAUGGGCGAGGAGGCCCCCGCGUAGAGGAGCGUCUCCUCGAGUCGAAGGCCCAGCGGCCGUUUCCCACACAGUCAGAGGAUUGUUUAUUUGAUUUUACCUUCUAUCCCAACAGGCCUGAUUUCCCGGCUAGUUGGGUAAACCACAAAAAUAAUCUUAAAAGAAAUCCUUGUGCCUCUGUGAGAACAAACAUGGUGGAUUGGCUGAGCUUGUCAGGGCAGAGAGCUGAAGAGAGGAGGAGAGAGUCAAAAAGGACAGUGACUGGGGAGCUCUCAGUGGUGAAAAUAUUUCUUCUGUGGCCUUUGCCAUGGUUGUGGGAAGGUCUCUGUACACAGCUGGUAAAAUACUUGCCUUGGCUUUGAUGGGCUGUAUCCUAAUUAAUUUCAUCUGCUUCCCUCAGAGCAUCCCAAGCAGGGAUGCAGAGCACUGCUGGAAUGAGAGCUGACUUAGGAGAAUCCUGUUAGAUGGCUGAAAACUCGUGAAGCAGCAAAUAGUUGCUCUAAGUUAAAAUGAGCCACUGAGCUUGGCUCACCGUAGAGGAAUCUUUUCCUUAAGAACAAUAGACAUAAGAAAAGAUUGGCCUAGGAACUUGGCGGUCCAGUGGCUUAAGACUCCACAUUCCCAAUGUAUGGGACCCAGGUUCCAUCCCUGGUCAGGGAACUAGAUCCCACAUGCUGCAACUCAGAAGGAAAAAAAAAAGAUUCCUGCACGCUACAAUGAAGAUCAAAUAUUACCGUGUCCAAAUAAAUAUUUUAAAAAUAACUAAAUAAAGGAACGGGCUGGACCAUUCUUCAUCAGGUCUGGAGGCCCCUUUCCUCUGCUGGCAUGGGCUUUGUUCAGCGGUUUCACUAGUUAGUCUUCAAUGGUAGGACACCAGCUCACUGCGGUUGAAAAGAGGCACUCCAGUGUUCUUGCCUGGAGAAUCCCAGGGACGGAGGAGCUUGGUGGGCUGCUGUCUGUGGGGUCGCACAGAGUCGGACACGACUGAAGCGACUUAGCAGCAGCUGACUGAAUGACCGCAUGUCACCUGCCUUUCUGAACACCUUCAGUUUUCUGCCUUGCGACAGGCGCAGCCUGUUGCAGCUAGGUGAGCCUUAUUUGUACAGGGGGCAAAUGAUUUGCAUCUUUGAGAAAGGGCAGUUCUCUGGCGGCCCAGUGGUUAAGCUUCAGUGCUUUCAUUGCAGGGGGUGUCGGUUUCAUCCGUAGUAAGGACUAAGAUCCCACGUGCUGCAAGCUGGGGCACCACCCUCUCCCCCAAACAAAAGAAACCCUAAAUAAAGACAGCGCAAUUACAUAGCUCUUUUUUGUGGAUGGAGUGUGAAGAACUAGAGGCUGAUUAAUAAGAGUUUGAAUUUGUUAAUUGUUGCAUUAGUUUUUUUAAUUGAAAAUAUUAGAAUAAUUACCAUGCAAGGAACUUGUUAAUAUUUAGGCUUUGGAGAAUUUAGUAGCCCCAGACACAUGGUUGCCUUAGAUCCUAGGAGUAUUGUUAAAAAUUAAUACCCUGUAUUCAGUCUGUUCUCUAUUUGGAGAAGAAAAUGCCCAUAGACAUUUUUCAAAUUGGUGCUCAUUUUGUUGUAAGAUCACAUAUUUUCAAUGCUUCUGUUAAUUGGAUUACUUCCCACCUCUUACAGGUCCCAGGUUAUUUCAGCACCCCCCCAGUAGGCAGUUAUGUUUACCUUAACCUUAUCAUCUAAGGAUCAGUUGAGAUCUGCUUACAGGCAACACUGAAAUUAACAGGACAUUUAUUUUUAAAUCUCUCUUGAGUAUCAGGAAUUUUACCAGGAGCUGUUGAUUUGUCACGGCAUACAGGUGCUUAUGUCCUUGUUUCAUUUUGACCUUGAGUGCAUUUGAUACUUUUUCUUCAUGGAUUUAGGGUUUAAUUAGUUAAUAAAUGGUUUCCAGAUGACUACCAACUUACACUAUUUUAAAAAAUCUUAGAAGAGUUUAUUUUACCAUGGGUAGUAAAAAAUAAAAUGAAAUGACUUAAAAAACUAAUGCAUACAUAUUAGUUUUUUUUCUUGCGUCUAUUUAGGUCUAAGUUUUGUGUUAGAUUUUAAGAAAAUUUUAAGUUUCUUUAUUUGGGACCUGAAUUUAGCCUCUGAUUAAGUCAAACAGGAUCUAGAAGAUUGAUCCUUCAUAAGAAAUAUGGACUGUGUAAUAUUCCUAUUGCAUUAAUAACAACAUUUUAGAAAUAAAAAUUUACAGAAGAAACUUAACCAGGGUCAUCUGGGAAGGAGAGCUGGGAGUCUGUGAGACUUUGCUUUUCACUUUAUAUCCUUCUGUGUGGCUUCAGUUUUUGACUGGGUGGCUGUUUUAUUCUUUAAAAAGAAAAAAAAAAAAUUGUGCUUAUUUGCAUGUUGUCCUUGGCCUCUGAAAGUUAUUGAAGGUAUAGUCCAUAAUUAAAUUAUGUCCCAAAACAUAGAGACUGACACCCAAUCCAGUCACUCGGGGAGACACAGCACUGAGGGAAGUUGAUCUUUUAAGAAAGUGCUACUGAGCCCUUGAAAGAUGAAGUAGACUCACAGUGUUUAGCGAAAUAUUGGCUUGGCCAAAAAAUUCAUUCGGGUCCUUCCACAAGACAUUAUGGAAUGAACUUUUUGGCCAACCCAGUAAUUGCCUUGCCUCUUUUUGCUUAAAAGGUACCUACUACCACCUCAGAGAACUUGCCAUUUAUUGAAGGCUCGUUUAUAAAAUAAUGGAUAUUGUUUUCCUAAUCAGUCAUUCUGUGAGCACACCAGCUCUCAAGAGCUUAUACCCUAGUGAGAGAUGAAAGACUUAAUCCUCCAGUAUAUUCUUUGCUAAAUCAUCACUGUUUUUAAAUUUAAAAAGCAAGAAGAAUAAAAAUCUAAGCAUUUAACCAUAGCUUUCUAGGUCAUUCACAAUCUGGUUCCCAAUAAAAUUUCCAAUUUUUAUAGUCUUGUGUACAACCCUCCAUUCCAGCUAAGUGGAUCCACCCAUUCAUUAACUCAGCACAUUUUUGAGUGACUGUGACGCAGGGCUUCAGGCUGGGCAGUGGGAUUAUGAUGUGACUCUGUCAUCCUGAGUCCUUGCCUUCAGAAAGCUUUAUGUUCUAGGGGAGGAGAUGGUAAAUGACCAGUUUCACAAUUCAUUAUUUUGUUAUAGCAGUGGUUCAAAUUAGAAACGAGAAUGAGCUAAGAGAGCAGGUAACAGAGAACCUGACCUAGUCUGGUAGGAUCAGGGAAGGUUCUCUGAGAAAGUAAUGUUUAGACUUCAAGGAUGAGUAAGUUAGUGAAAAAAAGAACAGUCCUUGAAAAUAUUCUUUGUUUCCCAUCUCUAUGCGUUUAUUUACACUAUGCCAUCUGCUAAUACUAUACCCCUUCUUCCAGUACCCAAAUUCUAACUCAAGAUUUGGGCUCAUAUCUGCCAUUUUCCAAAAGGCCCUCCCUGAGCUGUUGCAUGUUGAUAAUAGUAUGUGCUUUUUUAUAUAGGAAAGUCAGUUUUGCUGGAUACAAAGUCUUUUGAGUAGCAUUUUAUUUCCUUUGGAUUUAAGAUACUCAGUUAUUCUAUUAUUUUCUUCUGGCAUCAAGCAUUAGUGUUAAAAAGCCUGACAAUAUCCUCCUUUUGUUUCUCAUAUAAGCCACUUGCCUUUUUUCCAUCCCCCUCGAUGCAUAAAGGAUUUUUCUCUCCUGAAA